GCAGUGAUUAUAGAGGCAGUCUUUCGUCCUUCGUAAACGAUGAACGAAGCUAACUAGAUUAGCAUGGAGCCUUCAUAGCCAUUAAUUUCUUCCUAGAUUUUCUGCUGUAGAAAGGUGCGUGCGUGUGUAUAUUGUCCGUUCGCGGCAGUCAUGCAGUGAGCCCUGUGUCAUGGGUAAUGAUUGGAUAUAACUUCGGGGGGAAAUGGCACUUGUGCAGUUGUCCCAUUUUUGGCAAUUGCUCCUGCGAAUGGCCCUGCAACUCACUUCUCGUCGAGCACACUCUGCCACGGCUCCGGUGUUCGUUUCCUUGUUCUACCAUUGGGUCACAGUGGUUGUAUGCUUGGGUCCAAGCUCACAGUCAUUUGAGCAGGCGAAUGGAGAACCCGAAACAAUAUGGAGAGGUGGGGGAACAUUUGGCGGCGCGGACCCCAUCCUGUGGAUGACGACCACAGAUCAGCCAUUUGGAGAGUACUUGCCAGCGGACCACCCGCACCGACUGGCCACAGAAGACACCUCAAAAUCCUCUGUCGUGGAUAUGUUGGAUACGCCAGUGACUUACGAGCCGGAUCGGGUAGUGCGUUACCACCAGAAGGUCCACCUACCACCUCGUCGGGGCUGUCCCAAGGGUUCGUACGAUGCAAUUGUUGCCGCUUGCGUCUGGCUAGACAGACAGGACAAGGUUCUACCGCAUUACGUUUGCCCCCCUGGAUCCAUUCUCAAUGGUGACUUUUGUUACGGGAGGAUCGUGGCUGACUACGAGUUGGACUGUCCUAGAAAUUUCUUGCCCAACGAGGACGAAGUCUGCGUGAAGGCCGUGGUCUACACGCCACCGCGCAUAAUUUGUCCUGAGGGUUUUGCCGUUGUCAGAGCGUCUCCAGAUAACCGCAUCAGGUUGUGCAAACGUGUGAAGUACGUGGCCCCCAUCAAGAGAUCUACGGAAACUAUCGAGAAACUCCCAAUUCUCGACUGCACUGAUUCAGAGAAGAAGUGUCCACUACCGGCAAAGCCAACGGCAGAUCGCGAAUGGGUACUAGAAUGCCCAGGCGGCGGCAAGCUUGUUAGAUCUAAAAAGGACAGGAGAAGAAAGGCUUGCAAGAUAGACAUUCUCGUUCCUCCACUGCCAUCAAAGAACUGCGCUAAGGGUUUCAGGCCUGUAGAGCUCGUCACGUUCGGCAUCGGAUGCGUCAAAAUCAACGUACAGGACGUCGCACUUGUAUGCCCGGGGCCAAAACCGAAACUUGGCCCUGGUUUCGGCGACUGGAACGUUCCACGGUACAAAUAUGACCCGGUGGAUAAGUGCGUGGCAUAUCGAGCCAAAGCAACAGAGGGACAGUGCCCCUUCGGCUACGAGUUUCAACAGGAUACUUGCUACAGGAAAUACUUUCUUCCAUACUACAUGGAUUGUAGUCACCUUGAAGGCUACGCGUUCUUCUGGGAUCCAGAACACGAGACUGGCGUGUGCGAGUAUCAGUUCGACUCUUUCAAAUGGAGCCCUGGUGUAAGCUAUAUCACUCAGAGAGAGAGAUGGGACGGAGGGAGGAUAUAUUUGUUAUCCAAUCCUUAUGACGUUAAGAGGGCGUAUGAAAAUUCGGCCGACAUUGCUGCAGCCUUCCGUCCUCCUCCUCCCACCGCCCCGACUCUGGAAAAGAUUCCGGAAAUAAAAACCCCAUAAUUUGCGGCGGCAUAGAGCUUAUUGCCACGCAAGACAGUUGCAGACCAUCGCUCCCUGUUCCCUGGUCUCAAUGGACCACACGUAACUUCCCAAUGAUUUAUGUUCCUGCCGUCUCCGUUGAAAUUCAAGACCUUCGCUCCACUCACCAGAAACCCGUGUCCUUUUUGGGUUUGUCAGACUUGUGCGUUUUGUGCAGUUUGUCUCCAUGUUAAUGUAGUUCACCGGCACGAUCACCCGUGUAGUAAAUCAACCUCAGACGGGGCAGUGGCGGCCUGUCGCCACGCACACUCUUUAUUUCUCUGAUCCGUUCCCCAAUUUAAUCGCUAAAUGCCACGAACGCACACCAUCACUGCGACCCUUCCACAAAAAGUCAAAAGCAAACGAAGUGUCCCAGCGCGGCAUGAAUACAGAUCACGUCAUUGUACGCAGCGCAACGGAAAUUUGAGUUGUUGCUUUCCACGUUCAUCUGCGACCAAAUGUAUGUGUCGCGUAUAGCGACGUGAUUCAUAUUCCUGACUUCAGCUGCUUCACUCGCUUUUUUGUCAGUGCCUGCUUUUGUAGCCGUUCGUUGUACCUUGCCAUGAACUCACAGUUACCCACUCCCAUCAAGGCCCUGCAACGCAAAAACAACUCUAUUUGCCGGCAAAUCCUGCGCUCCAAGCUCAUGCAGAUCCCCA